UUGUGUUAUAAAAGGGAAACAAGAGUUGGUUAUUAAUUCAAACCACAACACAAAAGCCAAUUAAUCUCAUAUCCUCCUCUUUUCAAAUUGUAACAAUGACUAAAUUUAUCUUUCGUGAAUACAUUGGUGUGAAGCCAUCGUCAACAAGUUUACGUGAUUUUCCAAAUGAUAUCAUCAACUCAAAUAGAUUUGAAUUCCAAUUCAUUUUGGGCUUUGCAAGUGAGGAGUAUGACCAAGAUGGAAAAGGCAACGGAAAUUUCAAAGAAACUUGGGAUGUGGAAUACUUCGGUCCAGAUAAAGUGAAAGAGUUCAAAAAAAAUAAUCCAAAUAUAAAGGUGGUGAUAAGCAUCGGAGGUCGUGCUGUUGAAACUCCAUUCCGUCCUGCUGAGGAAACUGUAUGGGCUAGGCAGGCUGUAAAUUCACUCAAAGUGCUCGUCGGAAAAUACAGCAGUGAAAGCGGCAACAUAAUUGAUGGCAUUGACAUUAAUUAUGAAACUAUCAAAACUAGUAAUGAGCUAUUUGUUAACUGCAUAGGCGAAGUUAUAACAAAACUCAAGAAUGAUGAUGACCUGAAUAUUGAUGUGGUGUCCAUUGCUCCAUCUGAGAAAAACGAACUUCACUACCGUGAUUUGUUCUAUGCAAACAGUGCCAAUAUCAAUUGGAUUGAUUAUCAAUUCUACAAUCAAAAAAAUUAUGUAUCCACAGUUAAGGACUUUCUAGGGAUCUUUGACAAUCUAAUAAAAGGCUACCCUCCUCAAAAAGUUCUUCCCGGAAUUAGUACCGACCCGAAUGACAAAAUAUCACGAGAGACUUUUAUUGCUGGCUGCAUACAACUCAAAAAACACUCAAAACUCAAUGGUGUUUUUCUUUGGAACGCUAAUGACUCCGCACAUCCCCCUCCUGGUCAGCACGAACCUUAUGUAGUAGAGCAUAGCUUGCAAGACAUUCUCACUACACCAAUUGAGAAGUUACUCGAUCGCUAGCUAUAUCUAAGCCAGCAAUUAAUCUUUCAUAUUAUAGGUCAAGCAUUACAGACUAUAAUAUAGAGCUAGAUCCUACGUACUAUGCUCUAUAUGUUUUAGUCUUUUAGAUAUGUUAAAUAAGACCUAUGUGUGCUACUUAUUUCAUGUGUGUUUAUGUAUUAUGUUGCGAGUGUGGAGAAUUUUACUUCUCUUAUAUUAAUUUAUGUGCCUGUAAUACAACUUAAUAGCUACAACUAUGAACUUCUCAACAUGCUUAUUACU